UUUAUUAUUAUUAAUUUAUCAUUAAAUUUUGUCGGUACGUAAUAACAAGCGCUUUCGAUCAUGGUUGUCGUCAAAUCAUGGCUGUAUACACCGAACGUAUUGGUCAUGCUAAGUAAUUCUACCGGAAGCUCCAAGUUAGCCCACGUAACAAGAUCUCGGUCACAGCAUUCUGGUGCUCGUAGUACUCAUAUUCUACGGUAUGUACUUCGAAUUUUCAAACGGGUUUUGUGGUUCUUUACCUAAACAAAAUUUUGCUUGUCUUUUAGACUUUUAAAAACUUACUACUAAUAACUGUCGCCAUCGUUUCCCAAUGGUUUAGCAAUGUCGUCAAAACGCCUCCUCAAUUGCAACCCCAAUUUGCUUGUUUCAGCAAUUACAUACACGGUACUGGACUGCCGAACCUUGAGUUCUGAAAAAAUCGGAUGUCAGACUCAGACUUCUAAAUGAAAUUGUGAAAACGUUGCUAGCGCUGCUUAGGCAGCGACCACGAUUCAGUAUGUCUGAGCGCAAAAGGUCAUGAAAUGGGUCCAUUACUGAAUCCAGAACGAUUCCAGAAAGACGCAGAGUAUCAGCAAGUUAGGAGCACUUUCAUUUAGGAACCUCUUCCAAAAACCCCAGCCUACACCAUGUCUGGCGUGGAGACCCCGAAACUGAGCCCCAGCGCCGCCUCCCGCUCACACGCCCCUUCCUAUUACCUGGCCAUCAGUCCGGCCGAUCUCCGCAGCUAUUCCAUUCAGGAGGCCGGCUCCCUUUCCUCUGCUGGUCCACGUAGUCUCUCUUUCAAUGCUCCGGCGGACAUGGCCGAGGCUGACCUCCCGGACACCCCUAGCGCCGCUCCAAGUCUUGAUGAUCCCCCGGGCGCCUUCGUGCGCUGGCUGUUCCGGGUGCAAGAGGACGGGACGUCCGUUUUGGAUCACUGGUGGUGGCAGUACGUCAUGGGGGAUUGCGCCGCCUUAACAAAGUACGUCUCUCAGCAGCGCAGUCUGGACGCCAAGCACCGUCGGAUGAUCCUAUGCGUUCCCAUAUGGUACCUGGUGUGGCUAAUUGAUGUGAUGCGGGGUUUCGGACCACCGGCGUUCGUGAACAAUCCCUGGAGCGGCAUUCUCUUCGUGGUUGCCGUUGGUGUGCAGAACAUCUACAUCCUCUUGUUCGGCAUCCUGGGGCUCCUGUGUGCCGCCGUCACCACCUACUGCCUGAACGUGGGUCGCACCCGCCUGCACAACGGCGUGGCCUACUUUAACGGCUUCUUGGUGGGAAUGUUUGUGGGCUCCACAUCCGCGCAGCGGGAAACCAAGGCUUUCUGGUUCAUUUUUCCGGUGGCCUUCUAUGGCUGUCUGAGCGGUUUCCUGAAGGUGGCGCUGGAUGCCAUUUGCCACGUUUUCCACAUCCACACUAUGAACCUGCCCUUUUCGGUGCUGGCGCUCAUCCAUCUGGGCAGCCAGCUGGCGAUGCCUUUCGCCUACUUUGCCGGCACCGGAAUUUCUACACAGCGACUGGAAUCACCACUGGAAGAUUUCAACAACACUCUCCCGAUUCCGGUGACCGCCCGCACCGUUACUAUCGCUGUGCAAUCCAUCUUCGACCACUCUCCGCAAACGGCUUUCCAUGGGAUCUUCCACGCCCUGGGCAAAGUAUACUUCUGCGACGACCGGGCACCGGUUAUUCUGUGCUGGGCGGCCUUGCUUGUAGCCUCCCCGCUCCUCUGCCUGAUGGCGUUCGUGGGCGCCGCAGUGGGAGCGGGCGUGGCCAUGGUACUGGGCGUGGCGCACGAUCCCCUCUUCAGCGGCGAAUACAGUCUCAAUGCGUUGCUAGUGGGCAUGUCGCUCGGUGGUUUCUUCUAUGUACUCAAUGGCUAUUCGUUUGUGGUCGCUCUCCUGGGAGCGGCCUUGUCGACGUGCAUAUCGGGCUUCCUGAAUCAUAUCCUGGAGACGAUGAAGCUGCCGUUUUUCGGGCUGCCGCUGUUUAUGACCAACAGCUUUUUCCUGUUGGCCAGCGCAGCCAACGAUACCUCGGAGCGAUUGCACCGCGUCCGCCAGCCCAGCACACACGAGCGCAACCUGGUACAGUACUACGGCGCCAUGCCGCUGCGGCGCCACCAACUCAUGCCGACCAUUCAGCUGCCGGAAGCGGAAGCGCACGUGGAACAACAAAUACCUAUCACCGGCAGCGCACAGUUGAUGCCGUCCAAACCGAGCGAGUCGGGGCCGACCACGACGCCGCCAGCUUCGAAACCGCACUUCUGGUCGUUACGCUCGUGAACUGAUUUUAUUGUUGAUGUCCGUAUAAGUGUGUUUUUAUAUAAAUGUUCAUAAAAGCGCAACGCAGUUUAUAUAAAUCUUUAUGUAGAUCUCCCGUUGUAAA